ACGACCGUUGUGCGUACGCGGCCGACCGGGAUGUGAAGAUGGCGGACGGGCAGGAGGACCUGGAACGGGGCGAGGAGAGCGCGACCGGGCUCGGGGACAAAGGCGCGGGCCUCAUGGAGCUCACGGCACGCCUGGAGAGGCUGGAGGCCCCGCUGAGGCAGCGGGAGCAGCCCGCCGAGGAGUCCGCCGAGUACUGCCGGGCCUUCUGCACGACACUGCUGGAGUAUGUAGGACAGUGGAGGAGUGAUGAAGACCCUUGGCCUGUUCUGGAGGGAUACGCUGUGGCUCUGCUGAGUUUUGCCCGAGCAUCCACACACCUCUCCUCACAGUGCGAAAAUGCUCCAGUCCUGAUUGAGAAACUUUCACAGACCUGUGUGGAGCUUCUGCUUUCAAUACAUGUUGCUUUUCCAGAGGUGUUAUGGAAGCAGUUUCGAAGCUCUGUGGAGAUGGCUCAUUCUCUCCUGCAGGAGAAUGGCAUUCCUCAGCUACGACUGCUUACUGCAAUCACUCACGAACAAGGCGUUUGGGCUAACAGCACACUACUCAGCAUUUUCAAUGAAGAGACUCCAGAAGACAAAGUCUAUGAGUUCUUUACUCAUGAAGGCCCAGAGCUGCUGCACAUGCGAUUGAAGUACCUAAUUAAAGAGAACUGCAUGGACAAGGCUGCUCUGCUGGCUAAAGCGUGUGCAGAUUUCCCUGAGUUUGACGGAAAGAGGGUCCAGUUCAGGCAGAUUUAUCUUGUUUGCCUGUGCACUGUUGCUCCACAGCAAAUGCUGAUGGAGGAGCUGUCAAAGGUGGACUGUCGGGAUGCUUUGGAGAUGAUUUGUAACUUGGAGGCGGAUGGAGAUGAGAAAGGAGCUUUCACGAUGUGCACAGGCUUUUUGAGCCGACAGCUCCUCCAGGAGGACACCUACUGCGCUUGGGAAUUGACUCUCUUCUGGAGCAAACUUCUGAAGCGAUUAGAGACUUCAGAGCAGGGUUUUUUAGAGAGGUGCAGGCAGAUGUCUCGCCUGGCCAAAACUGUGUUUCACCUGCUGUUUUUCAUAAAAGUGAUCCAGUCAGAGUUGGACAAAACUGGAUUGCCGGCCUGCAUAGAGAUGUGUGUGAGCGCUCUCCGAAUGGAGUCCUGCGAAGGAACCAACAAGGCCACCGUCUGCAAAACCAUCUCAUGCCUGCUGCCUGAUGACCUGGAAGUGAAACGAGCUUGUCAGUUGACUGAGUUUCUUCUGGAGCCAACAGUUGACUCAUAUUAUGCUGUGGAAACGCUCUAUAAUGAACCAGAUCAGAAGGUUGAGGAGGAGAGCCUUCCAAUACCCACUUCUCUACGUUGUGAACUUCUCCUCGUUUUCAAAACCCAGUGGCCGUUUGACCCCGAGUUCUGGGACUGGAAGACACUAAAGCGACAUUGCUUAGGUCUAAUGGGUGAGGAGGCAUCUAUCGUGUCCUCCAUUGAUGAGCUGAACGAUGAUCAUCCAGAUGCUCUGGAUGAUUCAGGCUUGCCUCAGGAGUUCAAGGAUGUUUCCGAGUACUUUCUGGAUGCUACAAAUGAACUUAAGGAAAUCGAAGACCAGAAGCAGAAAAAUAGAGAAAUUAAGAAGCUAAGGGAGAAAGGGUUUGUAUCGGCUAGGUUUAGAAAUUGGCAAGCUUACAUGCAAUAUUGUGUUUUGUGUGACAAGGAAUUUCUCGGUCACAGAAUAGUGCGUCACGCACAGACUCACUUCAAAGAUGGAUGUUAUACCUGUCCAAUAUGUGUACAGACUUUUGAAACGAGAGAAACUCUAGACCCACACGUUGCGUCGCAUGUAAAGAUGUCUUGCAAAGAACGUCUUGCAGCGAUGAAAACCACUAAGAAACUGGCAAAUGAAAAACUUGCCAUCCCAGCCAUUUCUGCAUUGAAUGGCAAAAGCGGAGACAAUCUGUCUCGAAAGACCAAACCGAAAAACUUAAAUGGAGACUUUGAUGGAUUCUACAAUGGAGAUGGGAUGGGCUCUCAGAAGGAUGGUGCUGGAGCAGAUGGGAAAGGUGGCAACAUUUGCCCUGUCCCAAAUUGCAGGAGGGGGUUCAAGUACUUUCGGAAUCUUAUUGCCCAUGUGAAGGAUCACGGGGACGUUGAAGAAGCUAAACGAUUUCUUGAAAUGCAGAACACAAAGAUAGUUUGCCAAUAUUGCCGGCGUCACUUUCUUAAUGUCAGUCACCUCAAUGAUCAUCUUCAGGUCCAUUGUGGCGCUAAGCCUUAUAUUUGCAUUCAGGUGAAUUGCAAAGCUAGCUUUGACUCUAAUGCUGAGCUUCUUGUGCACAGAAAAAAUCAUCCGGUGUUCAAGGCAAAGUGCAUGUUUCCUGGCUGUGGAACAGUUUUCAGCGAGGCUUUUAAACUCUACGACCACGAGGCGCAACAUUAUAAAACGUUUACGUGCAAAGUGCCUGACUGUGGUAAAGUGUUUCAUUCUCAGUCUAAGUUAGAUAUGCACGAAGAGAGCCAUAACGCUAAGAAAGAAGAAGUACAUGAUCCCGAGAGCCAAGUUGCUUCUUUUGAACCUCGUCCUGACCAGACCAGGUCACCAGCUGAGGCUGCUGACCAGCUUGACACCUUUGCGGAUCCCCUGUUAAACUCCAGUUGUGCGUUGAGCCCUUCAAGUCAGAUGGCCAACAUGGUGAAAGUCAAGCACUCCAUUGAAAGCAUGCUCAGCAGUGCUGGUCCAGAAGCCACUCAAGCAUUUGACCCUGGAACACUCAAAUCUGAACCACCCGACCCAGAUCUUAAUGAACAACAGACCAUGAACAACAUGGAGACCCAGCUGAUUCAGCCUCCUGUCAACCCUGCCAUGUCUCAUUUGACUGAAUCCAGACCAGAGGAGUCCUUGCUGGACGUAUUGAUGAAUGACCCAGUCCUAGCUUCAUCUUGCCCAGUUCCCCAAACAUCCUCCUAUCAGAACAUUCUAGAGGACUUUCAGCCACCCCCCUCAAGUGAUGUUUUGCAGGGUCAAAUGCAGACAACAAAUUCUGUGUCGCACACCCGGCCUCCAACACUGUACAACAGUGCAAACACUGAAUAUGAACAAUAUAGUCCCAGUCCUGUGGCCCAUGUUCAGACACCGUAUCAAGUCCCGUUUAGAAAUAGCAUGGCAUCCCUAGCACACACUACCCACAGUAGUACCCCAGUGAUUCCAGUGCCUCAGAAGCUUCCUCCACAAGUCGCUUCUUUUCCCACCAACAUGCAGGUUUCUAAAAGUAGUCCAGCUCAACCAGUGCACACAAAUAGCACUGGACCAGCAGAGGAGGAGAAAGAGAAAUUCAAGUGUGCUUUUGAAAAUUGUUCUCGGGAAUAUUGUUCCUUCAGAAGCCUAACCAAGCACAUGAAGGCACUUCACCCAGAGUUUUACACCCAGUGGAAGCUAGACAGAAAGAAUAACAGGGCGCAACAAAUCGCAAACAAAUCUGCGUCACUAAAUGGCAAUCCUAAUUCAGCUGCAUCCUUGCAGAACAAGUUGGGUCCAAGAAUUCCUGCUCAAACAGCACAAGUGCAAAACCUGACUUGCCACAAUGCUUACUCAGCAAGCUGCCCAAAACCCAGUUAUCCCUCUACCUCUUCCCACCUGCCGGCCUCCACUAGCCAGCCUUUCCCCAAUCAAAUGGAGAGUAUAUUGGAUCCCAUUGUGCUUUCACAGUUGGGACACACUGCAAGUGAGUCUCAUAUUGCGCUUGACCCUUCAUGGAAUUCUGUCUCUGUCAACAAUUCGCGUCAACAGCGGACUGGCCAAUCCCAAGCCGUGAAUGCAAAUGUUAAUGUCCCUGCAAGUGGCCACCUUACCCCUCACAUGAAUAUUGUUGCACAAGGCCAAGGUUCAGAUAGUCAGAGGCAAGGAAUUGCCUACCCUUCGGUGCAGAUUCAAAGUAAUGCCCCAUGUACAUUUGUCCCACCACAAACAGACUUUACCCAAAGGCUCAACAAUCCAGCUGUAAAGGGUCACCACGGCAAUUCACCUGCAUCUUCCUAUACUAUGCCAUCCAAGAGCAAUCCUGUACCUUUUGUCAAACAUCCUGAGUCUGUGGUGAAACUGGAGAGAACUUUAUCACCUCCAGAGUGUUCCCAAGGAAGCACCUCUUCAGCUCUGUCCAAUUCUCAAGAUAGUGGUGGUGUCAGUUCCACAAAUGGUGGCGACAUUAAAAAAGUCAAAAGAAGCAGAAGAACAAAGUGGCCUGCCAUCAUCAGAGAUGGGAAGUUCAUUUGCUGUAGGUGCUUUAGAGAAUUCCAGAGUCCUAAAUCUCUUGGUGGACAUUUAUCUAAACGUUCUCACUGCAAAGGCUUUGAUGAUACGGACUUGAGUGCAGACCUGCCCAUCUCAUUUCUUGAUCUGCUGAACUCUCCUGUGACCACACCUCAGCCCAGUCCAUCUGGACAUCUAAACUCCAGCCAGCCAUUUCAUGCAGUCAGCAAAGGUCCACUUGAUCCAAAACUAUUCCCCAAUGUCACUUUCCUACAUGGUAAGGAUUCCCCAUAUGCUAGCAGUGGUAAGCCCAACACUGAGGUCAUCAAACAAAUUUCCUCCAAUCUGUGCGAGUCUGUUGGAGUUGGACAGCAGACAUUUACCAAUGCAUCUGUCCCUUACCCUCAAGAUGGGCAAAGCAGUGUGAUUCAACACACUGGGAAAAUCAAAGAAAAUAUUAGUCAGCAUCAGAUGAAAUAUACACAGCCCUGCAAUCCCUUGUAUUCUGACAGCAACCUUUCAGACCCCCUUCUUUCUCGUUUGAUGGAUGAAGAUAUUUCUUCUGCCUCUUGUAACAGAGCUCCCACUGACCAAAUUGACAAAAUUCUUCACAAUGAAACUCUUAACAAAAUGAAGGAGCUCGCAGACAGAUCUACCAAUAUGAACACAAGUGGGUUAUCUAAUGAUGGUCUUCUGGCUGCCAUGGCUAGUCUUGCUCAAAAUUUGGUGUCUGAAAAGAGUGUCAAGGAAAAACUUAGAGAGCAGAUACUAGCUGGAGAUUUCCACAAGAAAAGUAGUGUGUGUCCAGGUCAACAGUGCACAGUCAACAGUGCUGACAGUGGAAGUUUUCAGAGCUCAGCUGCCUCAAGUCCUGCAAUGGGCGUUCCUCAGCAAGCAACUCCUGUGAUCCAAAAGGUUCCUCAGAGUGACCAUCAUUUUGAAAAUAAACCUUUCUCUGAGCAAACUAGGACUGUUACAGCAGCUGAAGGCCAAGCACAAAUCUCUGCGGCAUCUGUUUCUACAGACAGCAUCGAUGAUGCUGCAUCCCCUAAUUCAGUUAUACAGCAAGAUCAUGAAGUGACAGAAAUUCAGAAAGCACUUGAAAGAUUGAAUUUGGAUAGAGAAGUCCCUGAACAGGAAAUGGUCAUUAGUAGACCUUCAGAAACAUCUGGAUUACCUAAAACCACAGAUGCAAUGAAUCCCAGAGAUCCCGGAGAUGUUAUGAAUCCCAGAGAUGUUAUGAAUCCCAGAGAUCCUAUGAAUCCCAGAGAUCCCAGAGAUGUUAUGAAUCCCAGAGAUCCCAGAGAUGUUAUGAAUCCCAGAGAUCCCAGAGAUGUUAUGAAUCCCAGAGAUCCCAGAGAUGUUAUGAAUCCCAGAGAUCCCAGAGAUGUUAUGAAUCCCAGAGAUCCCAGAGAUCCUAUGAAUCCCAGAGAUCCUAUGAAUCCCAGAGAUCCUAUGAAUCCCAGAGAUCCUAUGAAUCCCAGAGAUCCUAUGAAUCCCAGAGAUCCUAUGAAUCCCAGAGAUCCUAUGAAUCCCAGAGAUGUUGUAAACUCCACAGAUAGUAUGAGCUCCACAGAUGCCAUGAACCCCACUGUCGAGAGACCUGGCUACCUUUGUGACACCAGUAGUUGUGGUUACAGAGCUAUGACAAAGGAUGCCAUGUUUAAACAUCUCAGCAAACUCCAUAACUACACUAAAGACAUGCUCAGUCAGUACAGGAAAGACCAGGUUAAGUUAGCUCCUUUUAUUUGUCAAGUAUGUAACAAAAAUUUCACGCGAAACUCAAACCUGAGAGUCCAUUAUCAAAGUGUUCACAGUUUUUCACAAGAGCAGAUCAUGGAGAUAAGAAAGAAGCAACAGCAGCAGCAGCAACAAUGUCGAGGAUUAUUGGAGGGUGAAGGUAGUCCUUGUCCCACACCAAACGUCACAGAUUUGCUUGGUUCAAAUGAUGGUCCAGUACAACAGAGAACCUCUAAUAUUGGGCAACAGAAACACAUUGAUGGUACUGGCCAGAAAGGCCUUGUGAUUGCUAAUGAAGGAAUUAAAUCUGAAUUCGGUCACCAGACUUUUGUAAGGCAACCUACUCCAUUGAACCGUAAUCUCCCAGGGACUAUGCACUCAGCCCCAUCCAGUAGUAAGACAGCCAUUUAUCCAUCAGUGAUAAAGUCUGGUCCUUCCUUGAUGACUGCCUCAAGCAUGGAGCAACAGUUAAAUGGGCAGUUCGUGCCAAGACCAUUUGCACCUAGCCAGAACCUCCAUCAGACUCCAUCUGGAGGAUUUCUGCAUACAGGUGCACCCGCAGGUGCACCCCUAGAGGCCCAGACUACAGCACUGAUUGCCUCGCCAGGUACUCUGUCCCAAGACAAACAAGCUAAACUGGUAAAACCUCGACCACCAAAACCAAGGGAAAUACCCAAAAAGCCUAAAGAGAAGAAAACGGACCCAGAUGAUGUUUUUAGCCCCUACAGGCCUUAUCGUUGUGUUCAUCAAGGCUGCGUUGCUGCUUUCACUAUCCAGCAAAAUUUGAUUCUCCAUUACAAAGCUGUACAUCAGCCUGACCUUCCUAAAUUUGAAGUCAAUAAUGACGAAGACGAAGAUGAAGAAAAUGACGAAGAUGAAGAGACUAACGAAAACGAGGAGGAUCAUGACCUACCUGACGGUGAAGUAGCUGAAGUGGAAGAGCUUCGGUGUCAAGUCAAAGACUGCUCGAGAAUAUUCCAGGUGGUUACAGACCUGCUGCAACAUUAUUUGCAGCUCCACAAGCUGAGCCUGGACUCAGCGGGUGCUAUGAUGUCUUGCAUAAAUUUGGGCAGGUUUCAGUGUGACCAGCCAAAUUGUACAGUUACCUUUACAGCAUUCUGGAAGUAUAUUGGCCACAUUGACAAAGAACAUAAGGAUGCUAAGGUCUCUAAAGUAGAGGCUGUAGAGGGACUGUUCCACUGUGACGUCGAGGGUUGCGACUGCGCUUACUCAACACGGUCAAAUCUACUGCGGCACACCAUGAAAAAACACCAGGAUAUUUACAAACUCCAGCUGAUGAACUCGAAAGGUGUCAAACUUGGUCGUCCUCGAAAGAACCCUUAUCCUUUCCUUGAGAAGGAAAAUAGAGAAAUUAACAGGAAACUUGAAAAGAAGGGGCUAGAUAAGAAGAGAAAAGAAAAAAAGAACAACCACUGGACAAAAUAUGGAAAACCUAUUUUAAAAACUAAGGAGGAGGCCUCUGCCGUGUGCACAAAGAGGUUUCCGUUGCAGUACCCCUGCAUGAUCAAAGGCUGCGAAACAGUGGCUAGCUCUGAAAGAAAUAUAAUAAAACAUUACGUCCAGCAUGGCCUGCCAAAACAGUAUUUGGAGGAGCAAAGGAGCAACUACAUUCACUGCAAGAAAUUGCCCCGCUCAAAGUACAAGCGCAUAACCGCGAGGAGUGACGAUACAGAUAAGUCAGAGGAAAGCUCUGUCGAGACGUCAGAGAACGAGAAGCCUUCAAACAAAGCGCCUAGGGAGUCUGAGUUUUCAAAGCUGACUUCAGAAAAGGAGAGCACAGAAGACGCAUAUGUUUCAGACAGCAAGCCUUCCACUGACGCGAGCUCCGAUAUCUCUGUGGUGGUCAAGCGCAAAAGAGGACGUCCACGCAAGUUGGCGCAUAACAGAAACAAGCCGAUUACUCACAAGAGAGUGACGAGGUUAAGAACUGCGCACAGUUAUUCUGUUAACUAUGCCGACAUCAACUCUGACUCCACGUCGUCCAGCGCCACACUGGCGCAAGAAGAAGCCUGUGAGGGUUCUAAGAUGAGCACUUUUAAGCCACUGGGCUUUGAGGUGUCUUUCCUUCAGUUCCUGGAGCAGUCUAGACAGCCAUUAGGAAAGAGGAAAGCUUCAGUGACCUUGGACGCCAACAUGUACAAGAGACACCCUACUUUCCAGUUAAAGACUGCCUCAGUUGUGUGCAGUAGGUCUGAUGUACUGAAACUUGUUGAGUUCAAAAACCCUCAAAAGCUAACCUGUCUUAGUAACGUGAAGUUUGAGGUGCACCGAAGUUUUUCAAGUGUAUUUGAACUGUUGCUCAAACAGCUGCAUGAAAUGCGCCCUGCUGUGGUAAUUCAAAAAGAGGAGUCAUCUGCUGAUAAAAGUUAAGGGACGGCACACGGGGGCAUGAAAUGGUUCAAAAGUGAGAUGGAAUCUGUAUUUGGACAAUAAAUGUACUGAUUGAGUAGUGUUUGUCGAACAAAUUGCUGGAAUGUUUUUUUUUUUUCUUUGUUUUUUUUGUUUGUGAAACAGUACAUGCCCUUGAUAUUAAUAGACACUCGCUAAUCACUGAAGAGAACUGUGUGUAUUAAACUCAUUUUAUAGCUGAUGACUAAAACAGCAGAUAAUUAUAUACCUCUGAAGCAUGCCCUUAUAAAGCUACACAUAUUGUUGCCUUUGGAGAUGAACUUGUAAAGGAACAACAAAGGUUUUACUUUUUAAUUUUCUACAGGACUCUAUUUACUUUGAAAGUGAAAUAGCCCCUGUUCCAGUUGGAUUGGAAAUUCUGUAGUGCAGUGUGUAGAUGAUAACUGUUUUGGUCUCGUUGAACUUGCAUUGUAAAUUUGAAAUCGUCUAUAAUGUUGUCUGUGUGCACAUAACGGUUCUCUGUAUAAUUACUGCCACCAGCAGUCUGUACCUUAAACAACUGAGACCAAUUUAUUACAGCUUGCCUUUUGUA